AGCCACACCCCCAAGGCCCGGAAGUGAAAGCUGCUGAGCUCCGACCCGACCCAGCAGCGCAGCGUUGCGGAGCGUGAUUCCAGUGGUUCGGAGGUUCGGGAUUCUGAGCUGGUCAGGGCAAUCCCUGCUGGCGCCAUGUCCCGGAACCUGCGGACCACACUCAUUUUUGGCGGCUUCAUCUCCCUGGUCGGCGCCGCCUUCUACCCCAUCUACUUCCGGCCCCUAAUGCGGCCGGAGGAAUACCAGAAGGAACAAGCUAUUAAUCGGGCUGGUAUUGUUCAGGAAGAUGUGCAGCCACCAGGGUUAAAAGUGUGGUCCAAUCCAUUUGGCAGGAAAUGAGAAGCCUGUCACCAGCUCUAUUAUGAAAUUAGACAUCUUCAUGCUCCCUUCUCCGCAGCAAGCGUGAUAAAUCACCUCGCCACAGAACGUCGGCUGGGGAAGAAAACUCUGUAAUGCCGUAAAUAAGGGUACUGUGCAUAAGGAUUAACACUUCCCUUCUUAGCAAUCAAAAGAACCCCGGAACAAAUCACGCCAUUUGGAAGGUUUUGUGAUUCGGUUUACUUUUCUAAAAAUGAAGCUGUCUCACCCAGCUGUGUUUGGAGAUCUCACUGUUCAGGCUCUACUACCCACCCAACCGUGCUGUGAUAGGGUGCAAGCAGCCAGGAGCCUUGGGAAGACCCUGCUUUGCUUGCCGUCUUCCAAACGACGUUUCAGUGAAAAACCACUAUGCCGAGACGCCUCGUAGGGCUCUUUGAAAAUGUUAAAGUUGAUCAAACUCUUCGGGGACAAGGUUCAUUGUACUCAUUAAGAAUAAACUGUUCAGCUGCACUAACUCGUCAAAGGUUGCUGCACGUUGGAAAAUAAUAUGAAGCAAUUCACCCUAAAUGGGAGUGCAUGCAGAGUAUGAAUAGGUGUUACGUUAACAGAACUGAAAAUGUGCGUAUUAAAAUGAUUUUUACUUCAA